AGAUUUAACAGCAGAAGAACAGAUGGAGAUCAAACAUCUAAAGAUGCACAAACAGAUCCUGCUUGAGGACAUUGAGAAACUGAAGAAUCAGAUUGAAAAUGUAAUGGCAGAUAUUCAGGACUUCAAGUCUGCAGAGGACAAAAACUGAUGCUUCAUGAAGAUUGUGCAACUGUGUUUACAUCAGGAAAUAUUUGUGUUUAGUCAACAUGAUGCAGUGUACUUCUGAGUGAAGCAAGAUAUUCAGCAAAUCAAGGCCCCUGCACACUUCCUGUGAAAUCGAUGCAAGAACGGUUGUGAUGUAAUUUAAAACAAAAUCUGGCCAAAAUAAAAUACUGGAGAGAGAAAAACACUUCUGUAGUGGCAAGAAGAAGUUCAACAUGGACCCUAAAAAGGGUAUCAAGUAUCUGGUUGAGAACGAUCUUCUGGACUGGAGAGCAGAGCCGGUAGCCGAGUUUCUGUAUAAAGAGGAAGGACUCAAUAAGACGGCCAUCGGAGACUUCCUCGGAGAGAGAGAGGAAAUGCACCUGCAGAUAUUAAAAGCAUUUGUGGAUCUGCAUGAAUUUUCAGAUCUGAACCUGGUUCAGGCGUUACGGCAAUUCUUAUGGAGUUUCCGUCUGCCUGGUGAAGCUCAGAAAAUUGACCGCAUGAUGGAGGCUUUCGCUACACGUUACUGUAACUGUAACCCUGAAGUCUUCCAGUCAACAGACACGUGUUACAUCCUAUCAUUUGCCAUCAUCAUGUUGAAUACGAGUCUACACAACCCCAGCGUGAAAGAUAAAACCACUCUGGAGCGAUUCAUCAGCAUGAACCGAGGAAUAAACAACGGUGACGACCUACCUAAUGAUCUGCUCACGAAUCUAUAUAACAGCAUACGAAAUGAACCCUUCAAAAUCCCAGAGGAUGAUGGAAAUGAUCUUACACACACGUUCUUCAACCCUGACCGAGAGGGCUGGCUGCUCAAACUGGGUGGUCGUGUGAAGACGUGGAAGAGACGCUGGUUUAUUCUCACUGAUAACUGCCUGUAUUAUUUCGAAUUCACCACAGACAAAGAGCCACGUGGGAUUAUUCCACUGGAGAAUCUGUGUGUGCGGGAAGUGUUUUAUCCCAGAAAACCGUAUUGUCUGGAGCUAUAUAACCCCAACAGCAGAGGUCAGAAGAUCAAAGCAUGUAAGACGGAGACAGACGGGCGUGUCGUUGAAGGGAAUCAUCAGUCGUACACUAUCUGUGCUGCAUCAGCUGAAGAGAGAGAUGACUGGAUCGAAUCCAUCAGGGCCAGCAUUACGAAAGAUCCUUUUUAUGAUCUUGUGUCUGUCCGAAAGAAGAAAGUCAUUAACAAAGUUCCAGAGAAGUGAGAGAAGAAAAUAACCAUCGUACAGUAAAUAAUGGUGCUGUUGAGAUUUUAUGAACUGCAAACAAGAAUUUCCUCCUUAUUUAUUUAUGCAUCAAUGACUCUGCGCUUUUAUCUCACAGUCAGUGUUGUUUUUACCAUUUGAUCAAAUGUUUUACCCUUUAACUGGGCUGCCGACUGAUGACACAGUGUUACGAUGAAAUCUUCAGGAGAACGGUGAAUCUUUUGAAACCUGUCAAAAUAUCAGGCCCAAAUCAAAAGAAAGAAAUAAGGAAUUAUGUUUUGCAUCAAGAAAAUGAAGCCUAGUUAAAAAAAAAAAUAUUAUUUGUAUGACAAUUAAUUUUCCACUAAAUUUUCAUGACCAUAAACAUUCUCAUUAAUGUAAUGAGAAACAUUCAAACAUUAUUUAUGGUAAAAUAUUUAUUUGUCCUGGUAGUAUUUGUUGCACUGACUUAAAAAUGAUUGUAUUACAAUAAUGAGAAUCAUCAUGAGAAUAAUGAGGAUUGCAAACAAACUCAAAAGUAACAGUUCUGGGUGCAUUACAUAAUGAGGAAUUAGGAAUUGUUCUUAAUUUAACGGUCCUAAAAAUAGGCUACUUAUUUUUAUUUUGGGGUGAAAUAUGACCUGGAUGUGCACACAUGAGAUACACACAUAAACUGUUUUAUACCAUUUUAAGCAGAUAUUUUCUUGUUUUUAAUGUAAAAUAUUUUUGUACAUAUUUUGGAUCAUAUGAGAUUAUAGUGAUGAAUUAUACAUACAUCCAUUUUCUAUAGCCGCUUGUCCUAUGCAGGGUUGUGGGUAGUGCUGGAGCCUAUUCCAGUUGUCUCGGGACACUGGACAGGUGGCCAGUCCAUCACAGGGCAACACACACAGACAUACACAUUCACACUCUCACUAUGAAUUGUACAGUUGAUUUUUUAUUUAAUUAAAGUUAUUUGGGACUAAAUA